AUGAAUCGGAUCACGACCUGGUCCUCGCAUCUGGAGUUCGAUAACGACCCUAUCCCUGAAUGGUGGCAUACGACACUUGACUCACUGGCUAAGAUCCAACCGUUCGGCAAUGGUCGUGUAUAUCUCGGUCUCGCCUUUGACAUGUUCAGUCUGCCCAGACACACGGUUGUUGGUUUAUGGGAGAAAUGUCGACGACUAGGUUUGAAUCUCAUAACAACUCACUAUGUCGCCGGGGCAAUGACCAAUUCGGUCAAACUUCUUUUUGAGUACGGCCUGUUAAAGAAGGAUGUUCUGUUCUCUCACGCUACACAAAUCUCAGAGAGCGACGCAAAGACACUCGUUGAGCAUGGUGUUUUCAUUUCCACCACUCCAGAUACAGAGCUCCAAAUGGGUCUUGGAGAGUGUGUUGCGUUUCGUAAGGACAUUAUGUGCAAUGCUUCCUUUGGUGUUGACUGUCAUGCCAACAACUCGAGUGACAUCCUGACACAAAUUCGACUUGGCAUGCAGCAUGCCAGAGGAAUCGAGAAUGUGAAAGCCCUCGAAAAUGGACAUAAUCCUGCCGUUCAGAUCAAGUUGGAGGAAGCAUUCAAUCUUGGGACAAUACAAGGAGCCAAGGCUAUCCAUAUGGAGAAUCAAAUUGGUAGUAUCGCGGAAGGAAAGCUGGCAGAUAUUGUCGUAUUCGAUGCUCGAACUCCAGCGAUGGUUUGCGCGGCGGAGCAAAACCCAUUGGCUGCUAUUCUAUUGCACGGCAGUAUACGGGAUAUUGAUAUGGUGAUUGUUGACGGAAUGAUCAGGAAACAAGACAAGAGAUUAUGCAGCGUCUCUGUCCUGGAUGGACCUAACGGAAAGGCAGUCCGUUCAUUUGAUUGGGAUCAAGUGGCAGAAAAGCUCCUGGAGAGUCGAAGGAAGAUUAACGAAAGGAGCCAGAGUCAGAAUCGGGAAGCUGCAAUCCAGUCCCUCCAUAAGUUUUUUUGA